AUGAUGCAAAAUAAGGAAAGUUAUCCAUUCUCCAUUAAAAAAUCUUGCCAGGAUAUUAGGAGUCCUCGGUGUUGUGCGAAUGCAAUUACCAUGCUAUCAUUUUGCUGCAAUUUGCACUGCAAUCAUCGCCUUGUCUUCACAUGCAGUUGGCAUAAAUCUGUUCUAACAAACACUCAUCCUAAACGCAUUUUGACUAGCGAACAUUUAUUAAAAGCAUGUAGAUUUUAUGUCUGCAGUAAAUGGCAAUGUAAUUAUCACAAAAUAAUGCGAAUAAGGAGAAUAUGGAGAUUCAUACACAAAGUAAAACCAUUCAUCUCUCCCUCAUCAUUUCAUUUUUUUAAUGGCGUCACCUUUUCUGCUCAUCUGUCAACUCAUCCAUCUGACUUGACACGGCCUUCCAACUCUCAUACUUUAUCUCCCUCAAAUAACUCUGUUUCAUUCGUAUUUGAGAUUGUCUUUAUUGAGGAUUAUAGUUGCUUACACUUUUUGUCAUUCUGCUGCCUUUCAAUUACAGUGUAG